AUGGCCGCAGCUAUCAAAGAGACGGUCUCCAACUUCAUGGAGAGGUUCCAUGGUCAUCCAGAGAACGUUCCCCGUGAACCAUCCGCUGAAGAGUUCCAGCAGCUUAGACAAAAGUACACCGAUGCAGGCCAAGGACAUGUCUUCGCAUUUGUUGAUGAAUUACAAACCGUCGAAAAGUCCCAGCUCUUUCACCAGCUAUCGAACUUCGACCCUAUCCUAAUUAAUGAACUCGCGGACAAGGCUCUGAACCCUCCCAAAGCCGAAAAUGGCCCCGCUUCGCUUGAACCUUUGCCGGACGUCGCCACUGCAUCGAUUCUCGACUCAGAUCCCAAGGAUAUCGAACAAUGGUAUGAAGAGGGGCUCAAACUUGUGGCGGGUAACAAGGUUGCGGUCGUCCUGAUGGCAGGUGGACAGGGAACCCGUCUGGGAAGCUCCGCGCCAAAGGGCUGCUUCGACAUCGGGCUUCCUAGUCACAAGUCGCUUUUCCAGAUCCAGGCGGAGAGGAUCGCUAAGCUCCAGCUACUUGCUCAGAAGACUUCGAGCAAGGAGGCUGUCAUCCCUUGGUAUGUCAUGACCAGUGGACCUACCCGCAAGCCCACGGAGGAGUUCUUCGAACAGAACAAAUACUUCGGAUUGAACAAGAGCGAUGUCAUCAUCUUCGAGCAAGGUGUUCUGCCAUGCAUCUCCAACGAGGGUAAGAUCUUGAUGGAGAGUAAGUUCAAGGUCGCUGUUGCUCCUGAUGGAAACGGUGGUAUCUACCAGGCCCUUCUUACUUCCGGUGUGCGAGAGGAUAUGCGCAAGCGGGGUAUUGAGCAUAUUCACACAUACUGUGUCGACAACUGCCUUGUCAAGGUGGCGGAUCCUGUGUUCAUUGGUUUUGCCGCAUCGAAACAGGUUGAUGUCGCUACGAAAGUAGUCCGGAAGCGCAAUGCUACGGAGUCGGUCGGUCUGAUCCUGCAGAAGAACGGCAAGCCCGAUGUUGUCGAGUACUCUGAGAUCGACAAGGAGACGGCGGAGGCCAAGGAUCCCAAACAGCCUGACGUGCUCAAGUUCCGUGCGGCUAACAUCGUCAACCACUACUACUCCUUUAAAUUCUUCGAAUCCAUCGAAACUUGGGCACACAGACUACCUCACCAUGUUGCCAAAAAGAAGAUUCCUUGCAUCAAGGAGGAUACUGGCGAGUUCUUCAAGCCGGAGAAGCCCAAUGGUAUCAAGCUGGAGCAGUUUGUCUUCGAUGUCUUUCCCAUGACUCCCUUGGAAAAGUUCGCUUGCAUCGAGGUUCGUCGUGAGGAUGAGUUCUCGCCAUUGAAGAACGCGAGGGGCACUGGUGAGGAUGACCCCGACACCAGCAGGCGGGACAUUAUGAGCCAGGGACAGCGCUGGAUUGAGAAGGCCGGGGGUGUUGUCAUUACUGAGGGCGAUGCCGUUGGUGUUGAAGUGUCUCCGUUGAUCAGCUAUGGCGGAGAGGGUCUUGAAUUCCUGAAAGGGCGCGAGAUUAAAGCACCAGCUUUCAUUGAAAAAGAAGAAUAA